GUCUGGGAUCGAAUUAAAAAGUCGCACCGUGGACUUUUUGCCUCAUGGCCUUUCCGGUGCCGACAUUGCAGCUGGCAGGGAAAACUCCCCAGCUUACUGCUGCCUACAGCGACGAUGACUUUGACGAUGAGGAAGUCACCUCCGACUCCGAAGGCGACGCCGCGUUGCUGGCAGCGCAAGGCGACGAGCGAAUGCCGAUCGCCAGGACCUUCCUGCGUCCCGGCAGCCCUGAGCCGCCAGUGGGCAACGCAGGUACAGAGCGUACGCUGGACCCGCGCGCAUACCUAGAGGAUGACAACGCCCGGGACCGCUGGGAUGCUGCCGUGAGCAUGUCUGGCGCGAGGGAAGCGCCGAUCCGCGUGCGAGCGCCACUGGACGAGGCUCCAGGAUGGCGGAUGGGAGUCUCGGCCCCGGAGCUGGGUGGCCGCGCCAAUCUUUUGGACGAGGAGUCCGAAGGCGACCCCAACCAGGCCGAGGGAGACGAGGCCCGAAACUAUCCAGGCUACUCCUGGAGAGAGACUCUGAACCGAUUUCCCGCCUUGCUGCAGCUUUACCCGCUGGCCGCUGCCAGUGAGGCGGGCCUAGAGGAUCCAGCAUCGGAAGCGGGCGGCCGAGCACUGAGCGCAUUGGAUGGCUUGGAAGGCAACGAGGAGUACCUCAACGGGCAUCCGGGCUCUGCGCAAAAAUUGCCGCCGUCAGCCAACCAGGUGUCCCCACCGCGCUCGGCGAAUUCCGCUGGCGCGGCGUCCACGCCCAGGAGCGCCAGGAAAGCUGAAGUACCCGUGGCCAAAGACGAGCCGCAGGUACGCAGAUCGAGCGAGACACCAGGUCCCUCCAUCGCCACGCCAAUGUCGGGGCGUGUCGACCAGACGGAGAAGGCGCCGUGGCUCGCCGCCAGCGAAAGCUGGAGCAAGUUGGAUCUCGCCGAUGCCUGGGCAGAGGUGGAGCGGGCGAGGAGGGACCUGGAACAGCGUGAGAGGGGCCUCCAGCAGAGGGAGGCGGCGUUGCGCCGGAGCGAGGCCAGGCAACGCGCCUCAGAGCGCCAGCUAGACGAGAUGAGGCGUCGCUUGGAAGACUACAGCGAGGAGCUGGAGGAAAGCAUGGCGACGGUGCUGGCACAGCAGGAGUCCCUGAAGGAGGAGCAGCGGCGAAGCGCCGAGCUGCAUGCGCGUGCCCGUCAAAUGCUGGAAGCCCGCAGGAACGGCCGGAAGAGGCGAGAGGAGAUGGUCCCGGCGUUCCCAUGAAGGUCAAUGCAUCGACUUUUCCGCGCGAGCGGGAGAG